AUGAAGGCCCUGUUCCUGACCACAGUGUUGCCUGGGCUGGUGGCUGUUCUUCAAGCUCAAGAUGCCCCAUCUGAGGACCAGGAGCUCCAAGGAACCUGGUACGUGAAGGCCAUGGUGGCCAACAAGAAUCUGGAGGAGGAGGGCAAGAUACCCAAACAGGUGUUUCCCAUAAAGAUAACGGUCCUGGAAGGAGGAAACUUGGAGAGCACAGGCAUAUUUCGGAAAAAUGGUCAAUGUCAUGACAUAAAAAUUGUGAUGCAGAAAACCGAUCAACCUGGCGAAUACACCAUCCUUCAGGGCAAGAGGAUCAUCUACAUUGAGAAACUGUCAGUGAAGGACCACCUCAUAAUCUACUGUGAAGGCUUCAAAAAUACAAAUUCAUUCGGCAUGGGGAAGCUCAUGGGGAAGGAUCCUGAACAAAACUUAGAGGCCCUGGAAGAAUUUAAGAAAUUCACACAGCGCAAGGGGCUUCUGAAGAGCAGCAUCUUCAUGCCCAAGCAGAAUGGCCCACCUGAUGAGCCACUGGCUGUCAAGCCAGGCCCUGGACAGGAGUGUGAAAAUUCCCUGGGGAGGCAGAACUUUGAGAAGGCAUUAGGGGUGCAGACAGCACGCAAGUCCUUGUAG